AAGCGCCGGUCCGCAGACACGACGCGGACUACAGCACCCAGCGUGCCUUGCCAGAGAGACCGGGCUGCAAUUGGGGCUUGGGCGCUGAUUGGCGGCGAAACUCACCAAUGGGAGGGUCGCAGAUGGCUGGGCCCCGGGUCGGGCUCGGGCGGUUCAGAGUAGCUGCUGCUGGUGUCGGCUGGAGGGAGGGUUCCCGGCCCCAGGUCACCAUGCUGCCUACAAAGGGGGAAAUCGAAAAGCAGGAUCAGGAGACGACCAACGCCCGGAGCCGUCUUGAUGCUGUGCUGCAGUGUCUGCUGGAGAAGAGCGAUGUGGACCGGGAACAGAUGGACGAGGAUGCCGGGAAGACCUCCAGCGACCCGCUCAGCAAGGACUCCUCCCCCUCCGCAGCUGGGAAGAGGCCCUCCGCACGGUUCUCCCAUCACCGGCGCAAGAAGAGGAAGGAGACAGAUGAUGGAUUGACUGAGAGUGGCCAGCAGAGACAGAACACCUACAUCAUCAAGCUGUUUGACCGGAGUGUGGACCUGGCGCAGUUUGCGGAGAGCACCCCGCUGUACCCCAUCUGCCGGGCCUGGAUGAGGAACAGUCCUGCUGUGCGCGGGAGGGAGCGCUCUCCCAGCCCCCCGCUGCCCACCCUGCCCGAGGAUGAGGAGGGGGCUGAGGGGCUGAACGGGAAGAGCCAGGAUGUGUACAAGCUGCCCCCACCGUGUGCUGGCCUGGAGAAUGCAGGCGGGGAGUCUGUGAGCGCCAGGAUACCCUCCCCACUGCCACCCGAGGAUGGGGAGUCGCCCCCUGACACGACCCCUGAUGCACGGCCCUCGAUGUCUUCACUCAUCUAUAAGAACAUGGAGCGCUGGAAGAAGAUCCGCCAGCGGUGGAAGGAGGCAUCGCACCGGAACCAGCUGCGCUACACCGAGAGCAUGAAGAUCCUCAAGGAGAUGUACGAGCGGCAGUGAUGGGCCCCGCACCCUGCCCAGGCCCCCCUCUGGGAGUGGAGCCGGUUGGGUGCCCCACCUCUGGGUGGGGGGCCACUCCUAGUAGAAAGCAGCCUCGUACGCUGGUCUUGGUGCUGGGGAGAGUGGUCUAGCUCGGGGCUGCCCCUCAUGCCCUGCUUCUGUCCCCUGGCUGGGCUCUGUAAGGGGUGGGGCUGCCCCCAGUGGAGGCAGUGGCUAGUGCAUGUAAAGGGACCUAGUCUCCCAUCCCACCAUCUCUCUUCCCUCUCCCCUCCCCUGCACUGUUCUAACAUAGCCAAUAAACAGAGUCCCAGGCGCCUGGCUCACCUGUGUCAUGGGGGGGUGACACCCUGGAGCGGCCCAGGCAGAAGCCCCCUUUGGGGGGAAUUCACAGCUGAAGGCAAUGCAGCAGGGGCAGGGAGAUAGGUGCGGCUGAGAUGUGGGGUCCUGCCUCACCCCUGUGGGUAAAGGGGCUCAGGUGGGGCCAGACCCCUGUAAACCACACCUGAGCUGUUCCACAAAGGGUUAAUCAGCCUUGAGUGCCCCCUUCCCCUCAAGAACAGAGGGGUGUGUCUCAGUGAUGUCAUGCUGGUACAAAGGGGCAGAGCAGGGCGUUUGCACU